GGCAGUAUAUUUGUCACUUUGCCAGUCAAUUUGUGUUUAUUGAAUUGAAACGAAACAAUUAAUAAAUAGUUAAUAAUCGGCUACUUUUCACAUCUAUUUAAAUAAGUUCGGGGAAUUAAGUUAUUUGCAAUGGAAAUAAUUAAAACGCCAAAGGUUGAAAAUGUUCGUAUGUUGGAUAGGUACUCAAAAACACCAUCUCAGGGGACACUGUAUCUUACUGCAACACAUUUAAUUUUCGUUGAUCCUGAUGCCAAGAAGGAGACUUGGGUACUGCACAUGCACAUAGCGAGUUUAGAAAAACUACCACUAACAACAACAGGAUCUCCGCUUUUGAUAAGGACUAAAACAUUUUUAUCUGUCACUUUUGUGAUACCUAAAGAACGAGAUUGUCACGAUGUGUAUAUAAGUUUGCAACAACUAUCACAACCAAGCAAUGUCCGAGAUCUGUACUGUUUCUCCUACACCCCUCCAGCCGAAGAGUUGCAAAGGGGUGCUGGGUGGAACUUUUACGAUUUGCAGUCUGAGUAUCACCGGAUGGGGGCACCAAACGACCAGUGGUGUCUGACAACUUUAAACAAAGAUUAUGAGUUAUGCGAUACAUAUCCAAAAUAUCUAUAUGUUCCAAGUUCUGCAAACACAACGACCCUUAUAGGCAGUUCACGGUUCCGUUCUAAGGGAAGGUUGCCAGUACUUUCGUAUUUAUACAAAAAUAAGGCGAGCAUCAGUCGUUGCAGCCAACCUCUCUCAGGUUUUAGCGCUAGAUGUGUAGAAGACGAAAAAAUGCUGAAUCACGUUUUGAGAACCAAUCCUAACGCAACGUUUAUGUACGUUGUUGACACUAGACCAAAGAUAAAUGCUAUGGCAAAUAGAGCAGCCGGGAAAGGAUACGAAAAUGAAGCUUUUUAUGAGAACAUUAAAUUCCACUUUCUGGGGGUUGAAAACAUACACGUGAUGCGUAACAGCCUUAUAAAAAUUGUUGAAACUUGUGAGCAAAGGAACCCAACAAUGAACAGUUUUUUGAGCGGUUUGGAAUCUAGCGGCUGGCUGAAACACAUUAAAUCGAUUUUAGACACCUCCCAGUUUAUAGCCGAAGCUAUAGUGGAGGGUAUAAACGUGGUGGUACACUGUUCUGAUGGUUGGGACAGAACUGCUCAAGUUUGUUCUUUAUCGUCUAUACUCUUAGAUCCCUUUUACAGAACAAUUUCAGGAUACCAGACGUUAAUUGAAAAAGACUGGUUAGCAUUUGGCCACAAGUUCUCAGAGCGCUGCGGUCACAUACAAACGGAUAGCAAAGAAAUAUCGCCCAUAUUCACCCAGCUCUUGGACGCCACAUGGCAACUGAUGCAGCAGUUUCCUCUGUCUUUUCAAUUCAACGAAAUGUUUCUGUUUACGAUACAUGACCACAUACAUUCCUGCCAGUUCGGCACUUUUGUUGGAAACUGUGAGAAGGACAGAUCUGAUUUGAGAUUGUCUGAAACGACCUAUUCUCUGUGGGGGUACAUGGCGAACCAUUUAAAUGAGUACUUAAACCCCUUGUAUAGCCCCGACGAGCCGCCUGAAGUGUUGGUUCCAAAUUUAAUACCUCAAAAUAUACGAUUUUGGCGAGGCAUGUACUGCAGAUUUGAGAAUGGAGUACACCCAAGGGAACCCCAGGACCAAAUGCUUUUGGCGGCUUCUGACCACAUAUUCUCCCUGGACGAACAUGUGAAAUAUCUGACUAAGAGAAUAUCAUCAGUAAAGUCGCUUUUGUCGAGGACAGUCGACAAAAAAAAGAGCAAACCCAAAAAGGAACAGCUCUGCAACAACGUGUUUCUAGACAAUAAAUUGCAGUAUGAAAAGGGCACUAGUAAGGAUUCAAGAGAAUCCCAAUCCUCCAAUCAUUCUUUAAAUCUACAACAAGGAAGUAGGUCCAAAGAUGUCGACGAGGCUGAAGAAGAGUCGAUAGAUGUGGAAGAAAUAAAAAAAGAACUGGAAUCGGUGGCGUUGGAUUGGAAACCGUUGCGAGAGGCCACAGAGUGUAGUUGUUCGUUAACGUUCGAUCAAUCCAGCAAAAAGAGUCAUUGCAGAAGAUGCGGCGAUAUAUUCUGCCAGAGAUGCAUAUCUAAAAAGAUCGCGUUACCCGGACACGUUUCUAAGACACCAGUACCUGUGUGCAAGCUGUGUUUCGAUAUAUUAGCCAAUUCUGUUGAAUAGUCAAAUAAAAGUAGCCGUGUUAAAUUUGUCAUUGUCAUUAAUUCUGCACGACUUAUGCGUAUUUUUUUAUUAGAAAGAGUGUAACUACGGCUGGACGCAGCUUGGAUAUAAUAACCCAAAACUAUAGUUAAUAUUAUUAUUUAUUUAAGAGUAUUCUUUUCUAUUUUUACUUAGGGACCUUCGUAUCGAAAGUUAUCUGUAUUACUUUGUUGCUACGCAACAGUAGUAGAAUACAUGCUGAAACUGUGUCACAACUUAUAUUUAUGUUGUAAAUAUUUUAUUAUUUUUGUUAUUUCAACUUUGUUGUAUAUACUGGCCCACCAAUGAAAAUAAAA